AGUUUGCCACGAAAAUUCGGAACGCACACACAAUAAUGCCACAGGAUACGAAACGGAUAAAUGGGCCGGACAGUUCCACGUCGUAUGUAGCUUUCUGCAAGGAUAACGCAGCGCAAUGCUUCGAAGAACGAUUAAAGCAAGCCAUCGGUAAAGGCGGCUCACGCAAAGAUGGGCGCAGCGUAAGCGGAAGCCGUAAAUAUUUUGCAAAGAUCGGCGUUGUGUCCACUGCAAAAGGCUCGGCGUACAUCGAGCUGGGCAACACGAAAGUCAUCGUGUCGGUAUUUGAUCCGCGGGAAAUACCGAAGCAAAGCAAAUUCUGUGGGGUCGGCGAGCUGUACUGCGAUUUCCGGUUUUCUCCAUUCGCGUCACUGCAACGGAAAGCACCACAGCCGGAUUCCCGGGAGCGUAGCAUGGCCACGGCCCUGGCCAGUGCUUUGAAUCCGGCCGUUUGCCGGCAUCUGUUUCCGAACCUGCAGAUUGAUGUGUUUGCAAACGUGCUGGAGGACGACGGGUCAGCACUGGCGGUGGCAAUAACGGCAGCCGGGUUGGCGCUGGCCGAUGCGUGCGUUCCUAUGUUCGACAUAGUGGUAGCCACUAAUGCCGGCAUUGUGGGCGACCGUGUUUUGGUCGAUCCGACGGCGGAAGAAGAGCGCCUCUGUGAGGAAGGAUCUGCGCUGGACAACCACGGGCUCGUGCUGCUUGCGAAGCUACCGACGCUUGACCAAGUGUCGGAAAUUCGGCAGCAUGGUAACGUUUCGGUUGGGACGCUGUGGGAAGCGUGUCGGCAGCUGAGUGGGGCCUGUGGUGAGCUGAUUCCGAUAGUGAAGUACGUUUUGGUUAGUAAGGUAAAGAACAGGCUGCAGGAAAUCGAUAUCGCGAGCGAUGAGGAGAACGAGCUAGAGACAGAGAAGCCAAAUGAGGAACCGCUUGGUGGCGUUUCAGUGAAGGAGGAGCGAUGAUGGAGAAUAAAUGCAACGAACACGUUCGCAAGCGA